CGACGACUUGACCGUUAGACGACAUGAUUAGAGCAGUUCCCCCUUUCGUUCUUGCCAUUUUUUCCAUUAUUUUACUUGGUCUCGUUGCUUUUAUGCUGAUUGUAUUUUGUCGGGUCUUUUCCCAGUGGUGUCAGCUCCGUCUACCUCUUAGGUCAGAUGCAGGCGAGGCCGCCCCGUCUUUUCACGUGAAUGCGGGAUGGGGGAGCGGACAGUCCGUUAUGCAGUGGCUUAAUUUUGGAGCUCGCUACAUCUUCAACCCCCCACCCGUUGCCGAACUUAAUGAACGCGAAUCGGCAGGAGCCUUGCGACUGCCUGAAGUUGUGGUAUUUUUCCGGAACGUCUAUACUGGUUUAUAUCAUCAGUUUUCAACCAGUAAUUAUCCCAGCUCUCGAAUUUUGGGCGGCUGGUUGCCACGGUCACGCGCUCUUGAACAUAUUAAUCAUAGCAUGGCAUAAAUGCCGG